AUGAAUUUUUGCUGUUUAUCUUCCACAAGAAACACUAGUCUUUACCUCCUAAAGCAUAGGUUUUCUGUGUUUUGCAAUGAAAGCCGGUUUCCGAAGAAAGAGUUAAUUAUUUUGAAGCCUCAACAGCCACCGAUUUCGCUUGUGAGAUUACGGAAACAUAGAUUUAUACGCCCCUUUGCCAUCUUAUCGUCUUUUGCUGAAGCCGAAGGUGAAGAAGGCAAAAGGGUUCUUGAAGUUGAGGAGCAUCAAGGAAAUGCAAAGCCUGAUGAUGAUGAACUGCCUGGAAUGGCCGAGGCUUUUAACAUUUCUUCCAAUACAGCUUCUGCUAUAAGUAUAUGUAUAGCAUUUUUUGCUCUCACUUUCCCACUUUUUAUGAACUCUUUAGGACAAGGAUCGCUCUUUAAGACUAAAGUAAUGUCAUAUGCUACUCUUUUGUUCGGCUUCUACAUGGCUUGGAACAUUGGCGCUAACGAUGUUGCAAAUGCGAUGGGAACAUCAGUUGGUUCAGGGGCUAUGUCGCUUCGGCAGGCUGUUUUGAUAGCUGCAAUACUCGAGUUCUCGGGGGCCUUACUGAUGGGGACAAAUGUCACCAAUACAAUGCAGAAGGGCAUUCUUGUUGCGAAUGUUUUUCAAGGGAAGGAUACUCUGCUUUUUGCUGGAUUGCUCUCUUCUUUAGCUGCUGCUGGUACUUGGUUGCAGGUUUCAUCGUACUUUGGUUGGCCAGUUUCGACUACACAUUGUAUUGUUGGAUCCAUGGUGGGAUUCGGACUUGUCUAUGGAGGAACUGGUGCUGUCUUUUGGAGUUCAUUGGCAAGGGUAACUUCAUCAUGGGUAGUCUCUCCUUUGAUUGGAGCAAUGGUGUCAUUUCUUGUCUACAAGUGCAUUCGUAGGUUUGUUUACAGUGCUCCUAACCCGGGACAAGCAGCCGCUGCAGCCGCACCAAUUGCCGUAUUUCUAUGUGUCACUGGAAUCUCUUUUUCCUCGUUCCCUCUCUGCAAGACCGUCCCUAUAGCUCUCGCCCGGGCAUUAGCCUUCGGCACAGCUGGUGCUAUUCUAAUCAGUAGAAUCAUCCGGAAGCAACUAGGUCACUUGCUAGUUAAGACUAAUACAAGCGAAGAACCAGAGCCCCCAGUAAUGUUGACACAUUCUGAAAGUAUCGGGCUUCUGUCCAAUGUAUCCGGACCAAAAGGUACACAACUGGAAAUAGUUUACGGAGUAUUUGGCUACAUGCAAGUCCUUUCGGCCUGCUUCAUGUCAUUUGCACAUGGGGGAAACGACGUGUCCAAUGCAAUAGGCCCUUUAGCCGCAGCUUUAUCAAUUCUUCAAGACGGAAUGAGUGGGGCCGAGAUUGUUAUACCUCAUGACGUUCUAGCAUGGGGAGGAUUCGGGAUUGUUGCAGGGCUUACGAUGUGGGGAUAUAGAGUUAUAGCAACAAUUGGAAAGAAGAUCACAGAACUGACACCAACAAGAGGAUUUGCAGCAGAAUUUGCUGCUGCAUCUGUGGUUCUGUUUGCAUCAAAAUUCGGACUCCCCAUCUCGGCCACACACACGUUAGUUGGGGCCGUGAUGGGGGUCGGGUUUGCUCGGGGACUAAACAGUGUAAGAGCAGAAACAGUACAAGAGAUUGUCACUUCUUGGGCUGUUACAAUUCCGGCUGGUGCUGUCCUUGCUGUGAUUUACACAUGGAUCUCAACCAAGAUCUUAUCAUACAUAUUGUGA